UAUGUGCAUAAAAUUGGAUUCCUAUUAAUAAGUUUUUUUUGACGUAAAAAUUUAUGUGGUACAACGUCUCUUAACUAACGUAACUUCUACAUUUAGAUUGUUAACUCGCUAAAUGUAAUUACACUUUAAAAUUAGUGACGACGACGUAUACCCGUAUGCUACUGUUUGACAACGUGUUAUGCACUAUUCUCUGGUCUCUGCAGCUACAGCUCUUGGACAACGAAUGCAGAACGUGUAAUAUACUUACGUUCUACUAGUAUUGUAUUAUGUCAUCUGUGGUUUAACGUUGAACUUUGAAGCACAAAUGUGGAGGGUAGUAACUAGUUCUUAAUCUGUAGAGGGGAUUGACAGGAGUAAAGAUUAGCUGAUAAGCGAUAAUAGAUCUUCAGAUGAUACGAUAAGCAUAUUAAAGUGCUAGAUAAGGAUUAUGAAGUGUUUGAUGUUUUUAAAGUUUAGAAUUGAACAUUUAUUAGUAUCAGUUGUUAUUUCUUUGCAAGCCGGUAUAUAAUUAGUUCGCAGUAUUGUUCAAAAUUUAAUUCAAAUAAUAAAAAUAUGGUACGGAAAGACGUGAUGUCUCCAGCAGAUUCUGGUAAAUAUAUUGCAAAAUUAUCCCAACAUGUUAAAAUACACGACGAAGGAAUUACAAAACUAUGUGACGAGAUACUCAAAUCAAUAAAGGACAAAAAGAUUACUAUCCCCGAGAUAGGCACAAGUUCCAUCCAGCCCACUAAAGAUCACCCCAGAGCAGCUGAUUGGGUUUUUGUGGUGGAUGCACUGAACUUUUGUUUCUGGUCAAAGAGCAAGGAACAACAGUGGACAGUGGACGGUCACACUGGAUAUUGUGCUCUGGAAGCUGCAUUGUUUAGAGCUAUUAAGGAUGGGUAUGACAUCACAAACCCAGAAUACUACUCAAAAAUAUCAAGGGAAGACUUAUCAAAAUUAUUCAAAGGUGACACAGAUGCGGAAAUUCCUUUAUUCCAAGAGCGAAUAGAUGUUCUACAUGAAGUAGGUUCCAUCCUGUUGCAUAAAUACAAUGGAACAUUCGAGACAUGUGUGCAAGAAGCAAAUAAAUCGGCUGCCAAAUUACUCCAUAUUGUGGUAGAAAACUUUCCAUGCUUCAGAGAUGAGGCCAUGUAUAAGGAACGAAGAGUCUCUCUGUACAAACGAGCCCAAAUACUUGUUGCUGACUUGUGGAAUUUCUUCGGAGGCACCGGGUGGGGAGAGUUCAAGGAUAUAGAUGUGAUAACUAUGUUUGCUGACUAUAGAGUCCCACAAGUGUUGGUUUAUUUUGGUGUGUUGAGUUAUAGCGAUGAAUUAAUGGACAAAUUGAGAAACGACAUUCUUCUACCGAGCGGGUCAGAAGAAGAAGUCGAAAUAAGAGGUUGUUCAAUUCACGCAGUGGAAUUGCUCAAGAAGAGUUUGCAACAGAAAAUAAGAGAUAAAGAGGAGAGUAUAGAAGUUCCAAAUUCAAGUUUAAUUGAUUAUUUUUUGUGGUGCUACAGACGGAAACAUGCGCAAGAGAUGGAAAUAGUUCCAUAUCACAAGACAUUAGGUAUUUAUUAUUGAAUCUGUGAUGAAUAUCUUAAAAGAUUUUCUCAAUAUUUGUACAAGUUUGUAGUUUAUACUAGAGAUGCCAAGAAUAUUCGGCAACUAUUCGGUAUUCGGCCUAUUCGGCCACUUUUAAGCUAUUCGGUAUUCGGCCGAAUAAUACGUACUAUUCGGCCGAAUACCGAAUAGCAAAUCAAUGAAAAAAAGACACAUCAUAUUACUUAAAAUUAUCUAUUUAUUUCCAAAUUACAACUCUUUAGUAAUUAAAAUUGAUCAGUGGUAAGUUGUGAUGGAUAAAAACAAGCUUAUCAGCAAUUAUUGGUAGCAAACGACUACGCUUUUCAUCGUAAAUGAUACCAGCCUCAGAAAAUAACCUCUCACUAUACACGCUACUUCCAGGAGAAGAA